AUGGAUAAUAAGGACGAAUUGGUUCAGAGGGCAAAGCUGGCCGAACAGGCGGAACGGUAUGACGAUAUGGCGGCCGCCAUGAAACAGGUGACGGAGACGGGCGUCGAGCUGUCCAACGAGGAACGCAACCUGUUGUCCGUCGCCUACAAGAACGUUGUGGGCGCCCGACGCUCCUCCUGGCGGGUCAUCUCAUCCAUCGAACAGAAGACCGAGGGCUCCGAACGCAAGCAACAGAUGGCCAGAGAGUACAGAGAGAAAGUCGAGAAGGAGUUGCGGGAGAUCUGCUACGAUGUGCUCGGACUUCUCGACAAGUUUUUGAUCCCAAAGGCCAGUAAUGCCGAAAGUAAAGUGUUUUACCUUAAAAUGAAAGGCGAUUAUUACCGAUAUCUGGCCGAAGUGGCCACUGGUGACCAAAGGAACAGUAAGUCACGACUCAUUCAUUUUUACGAAAUUUGA